AUGUCGAAAAGAGUGGCUUAUAACAUCAGUGAACGUGGUUGUAUGGAAAAAAAUUCAUUUUAUGAAUGGUUUAUAAAUUUGUUUAUUCCACAAGUUACAAACACAACCCCAAAACCAAUUCUGCUCAUAUUAGAAGGACAUUCAUUUCAUCAUAGUGUGCGCACAAUGAAACUGGCAACUGAAAAUGAUAUUGUUCUGUUGUCUUUACCACCAAAUUCGACACGUAUUCUCCAAUCACUUGACGUGACUCUAUUUAAAUCAAUCAAACAGAAAGAUCAUGAAAUUCUUAAUGAAUAUUUUCGAACAUCCGGCCAUAAAGAUACAUCGAAAAAAGUGCUUCAAACAUUAAUCAAUAAACUAUUUAAAUCAACAGUUGUUAGAAAAAUUGAAACUGAUAUUACUGCUACUACCAGAGAUCAACCAUCAAAUACAAUUGAGAUAGAAAAAGCGAAAGACAAAGUUCUUUCUAGGCCACUGUCUCCUACGCAAUUACUUUUUGCAAAAAAAUCAUCGACACUACGCAUGACAACCAAAGCAGAUUCAAAUACUCAUUUAAGGGAUCGUAGUGCACCAUCAGAAUUUAACGGUGUGAUUAAUAAAAUACCAAAUCUAAAUACAAGUGCCUGGGAUCAUAACGAUGGUUUAUCGGAUGAUCGAUCGGAGGAUGUUAUUCCGCAAAUAAAUAGUAGUGUCUUGGAUCAUGAUUAUCGAGAAACCGGUCAACUUCUAACAACUAAACAAGCUUUGGAACAAAUAACAGAGAUAGAAGAGCGUGCAAAAAAGCAAAAAUCAUUGAGAGAAAAACUGCUCGUGACCUCAUCAACGCCGAAACGCUCUGCUCGCAAACCAAAAUCGAAGAAAAAAGUAUCUACUGUGCAAGAUUUGCUAAAAGAUAUUGAUAAUCCACCCGCAUGCUCUUCUAAUUCGUUUACAUUAUCAACAAUUUUUACUACAUAG